AUGAGUGAAGAAUAAAAAGAAGAGGAAAUACAAUUAAAUCUCAUAAAGUUUCCUAAAGCAAAGAAGGGAACAGAAAUAACUUAUCAAUAAUUAAAAAGUUAAUAUCCUCUUUAUAAAGGGUACAUCCAAAAAAAUUUGGAAAGAGUUAAAUUAGACUUUACUGAUAGCACCAUUUCUCAAGAAAUAGCAAAUCAUGUUAUAGAAGAUUUAUUUUCACAAGAAAAAGGUAUUUGUAAGAAUUUAAUAAAAAAUGUUGAAAGAUUAAAAAUAAAUGCAUUUAAUACACAGCUGUCAAAUUUGAAUUUUCUUCUCCAUUUUUCUGAUUUGAAUAAAAAACCUCCAAUUACUAUCCACUGCGAUUAUAAUCUUGCUACAAAUUUUCUAAAGAAAAGCAUCUAAUUCUAAUGCGAUAUCAAAUGUAAAGGUCACUUUGAUAAAAGGGAUAAUUUAUAUUAUAUCUAUUGUCCACACAUCUUAUUAGACUCAAGUGCAAGUAUUGAGUUGAACAUCAUUGAAUUAUCACUAAGAGUUAAUAAUGAAAAUGUAUAAAAUUGUAUUGAUUGCAUAAAAAAGCUAAGAAUACUCUAAACAUUAAAUUUAGAAAUCCAUUCACUUAAUCACAUUAAAGAAGAUUAUAUGCAUAUAGUUGAGACAUUAAGUCAAAUUGAGAAAUUAUAAACUCUUAAUGUUAAGUUUUUCUUAGAAACGUAUUUGCCUCAUAUCAAUAAAUCAAAACUAAAAAAUCUUAGAUAAUUAAAAUAUAACUAUUAGGCUUAUGACAAAAAUGAGAAUAUGGAAGUUGCUCUAAAACUACUACAUACUUUUUAGCAGCACGAUGAUGACUUAAUUAUAGAACCAUAUUAUUCGUUAUAAAAUUCAGAGAUUAAUUUCAGCUUUUAAAAAAGAAUGCUCACUGAUCAUGAGUUUUAAGUGAUUUAGUCUUUUCUACUAAAUUUAGAAAAUAGAAUUGUAAAAAUCUCAAUAAAUUUUGAUGAAAAUUAACAUAUGUCUCUAAAAAAUUGGGUAGGAAUGAUGAACAAUUUAAGAAAUCAUGACAAUUUAUAAACUAUAAAUGUUUAAUGUCCUAAUAUCGCUACAUCAGUAUCUGCUCUCUGCGUAGCUAAGUUAUACAAAUGCAGAAAAGCUUAUAUAAAGAUAAAUUAAUCAUCAUUUAUUGGUAAUGUAUUGAAUUUAUACUUUUACUAAAUGUAUGAUCAUAUCUUGGAAGUAAUUACAAAAAACUUAUUUGAACUUAAAGAAGCUAAAGACGAGUUUCAAAUUUAAACAGUUAUUUUACAAGCUAAUUCGAUAUUGGGAUUGAAAAAAGGAUUUAGCUCAUUCUUCAAAAAAACAGAAAAACUAUUUAACUCAAUAAGUGUUAAAGUAUAUUCUAAAUUUGAUUUGCAUUUAUAUUAUUAUACUGUUUUGAAAGAUAUUUCAGAGAUUCAAAAAUAUUGUGAAACUUUCUAUUUUGAGUAAGAAAGUUGUAUUAAUCUUCGUUAUAACGCUGCACAAAUAUCUAGUGUUAUGAGCUCAAUUUAUAACUAUAUUCCAAUUAUAGACUCUCUAUAAAUUCCUAAUCCAAGUUUGAUAAAGCCCUUUCUUAGCUUAUCCUUAAAUUAUUGUUCUGGAGUAAAUUUAGGUUCUAACUUCAGUCAAUUUUUAGAGGCUUAUUAAGUUUUCAUGGAGUUUAGAAAACUAGUAUAAUUAAAAUAUUAUUAAUAAUCACAACCUUCUGUAAUGCUUGCUUUCUACACUCUCAUAGGACCUGAAUUGCCAAUCAAUCCUUAUCAAGUAUAUACAGAUUUAUAUUUUGAAUGA